CGCACUAACCUCAAUUUUUUCCCACUAUCAAAGCCCAAAACCUCUGCCAACUCAACCUAUUAAUACCUACCCCAAUUAUUUAAACCCCGAAUUCCACUCCAAAACCCAAACACCAAACCAAAACCCUCUCUCUCUCUCUCUCUCUCUCUGUUCACUCUCACUUUUUGUUUUCACCUCCUCCUAAUUUCCAAGCACACUUUCUUUGUUUCUUAUUUCUUCCUGUCUCAAUUAUAAGUAAAAGAAAAACAUAUUUUUAAGGAGAUUACUGGGACAGCUAGAUGACGCGAGCGUUCAGAAUUCUCGGGUCCGCGGACAACGCCACCUCGCUGGCAGCGGUAGCGGCGCCGCCGGAGGCGGUGGCGCUUGAGUCGGACUUCGUGGUGAUUCUCGCGGCGCUCCUCUGCGCCCUCAUCUGCGUGGUGGGGCUGGUGGCCGUGGCGCGGUGCGCGUGGUUCCGGCAAGGCUCCGGCGGCGGAAGCUCUCCCCGGCAAGCCUUGGCGAACAAGGGCCUAAAGAAGAAGGUGCUGCAGUCGCUGCCGAAGUUCGCGUACGUGGACAGCAACCCCAGCAAGUGGGUGGCGACAUCGGAAUGCGCGAUCUGCCUCGCCGACUUCGCCGCCGGCGACGAGAUCCGCGUGCUGCCGCAGUGCGGCCACGGCUUCCACGUUCCCUGCAUCGACACGUGGCUUGGGUCCCACUCUUCUUGCCCCUCCUGUCGGCAGAUUUUGGCGGUGACCAGGUGUCAGAAGUGUGGGCGUUUUCCGGCCACCGGGGCCGGAGCUUCCAGAACGCCUGCGACCGAACCCGAAUUGAAGUCCAGAGAAGACAACAAUGUCGCUAGUAACAGUAGUAACAAUAUUAAUAACAACAGCGACAGCGGUGGCAAUAACAGUAACUGUAACAUAGAACAUCAUCACAGCCAUCAUGUGAAUAGUGGGUUCUUGCCAUGAACAUAGUAGCUACUAUUUAUUAGCUUUUUUUUUUUUUUAACUUUGUACCUUUUUAUCCCUUCAAGUUGUUCAAGAAGAUCAGAAAUUGGGCAUUUUUUUCCCCUCUCUUUAUAGAUUUUUGUUUAUCCUGCAAAUAUUACUAAGUGCGUA